GAGAGACAGACAGAAAGUGAGAGCUAGGCAGCGCUCUGGAAGUCUAGCCGGUCAUUGCUGUGACUGCCCCAGCGGCUGAGAGAGGGGGCGCGUGACAGAAAGAAAGAAAGAGAGGGAAAGAGGGAAAGAGAGAGAGAGAGAGAGAGAGAGAGAGAGAGAGAGAGAGAGAAGGAUAGAAGACUAGAAGCCUCUUUCCAUUCUAUGAAAAACAAGUUCCCAAAUAGAGCAUCAACAGCAAAGUGCAGAGUGGAGGGAGUGUCUCGUCUCUUCAGGGGGAGGUGCUCACUAACAUGAAGAAGAAAACAGUCCAGAGGAGCUACUACUAGUGGAAGAUCUUUAAGAGGAGCUACUACUAGUGGAAGAUCUUUAAGAGGGGGAGAAGAAGACCAAUAGUGUCUAUUCAGACACAAUUCAAACCGAUAGUGUCUAUUGACUCUACUCAGACUAAAGGAGAAAGCCAAAAACUUUGUUGUCGAGGAUGUCUUGGCUGUCGCCCAUGUCAUGGGCCAAGUGGACGUGGACAGCAGUCCGGGGAGCAGAGGAGGGAGAGGAGGUGGAGGGCCAGGAGGUGAAGGAGGAAGAUGGACUGCUGCCUUGUGGAGGGCAGCGAGAGGAGGAGGAAGAAGAGAGAUCUCAAGGCUGCAGUUCAGACUCAGAGGGCCACUUUGAAACCCCAGAGGCUCAGAGCCCUGUCCACACUCCACUCCAAGUCCCAGAAGAGCUGGAGACCUUCACCACUGACAGAGCAGAUGCCCUGGAGGAGGAGGAUGAACAGCUGAUAAUGUUUGGCCCAGCCAGAGAUCCAGCUCCUAGCCUCCUAUUUAACCAGAACAUGGGUCAGGCCAAGCCCCCCUUGGUCCCUGAGGAGGAGGCCCCUGUGGACUCUAAGGAGGGGCCACAAACACUGCCCAACACCACAGACACUGCAGAGGUUCAACCCGCAAUAGCAGGCCCAUCAGCCCAGACCAAUGGAGCAGCAAAGGCCACUGCUUCUCUAGACUUAGGUCUACCUGAGGAGGAUAGACCACUGGCUACUUCACAAGACUUAGGCCUACCUGAGGAGGAUAGACCACUGGCUACUUCUCUAGAUUUAGGCCAAACUGAUGAGGAUAGACCACUGGAUACUUCUCUAGACUUAGGCCUAAUUGAGGAGGAUAGACCACUGGCUACUUCUCUAGACUUAGGCCUACCUGAGGAGGAGAGGCCACUUGCUACUUCUCUAGACUUAGGCCUACCUGAGGAAGAUAGACCACUGGCUACUUCUCUGGACUUAGACCUAACUAAGGAGGCUAGCAUUACUAAGACGCUUUGUAAUGGACACCCCAUAGAGACCAUCCCUGAACCUCAGGCCAAACCCACUAAAACCACACACCCUUCCCUGAAGAUAAAGGGAGCCUUUUCCAGGGCUAGUGCACAGAGGGAUGGGGACAGUGAUAUCACCCUAGUCCCUAAGGCUAGCUACAACUUCAACCCGGACCAAUUCGACGGCAGCUUCAAUCCGUUCGCCAGUGGCGGCUCCAAGAUUCAGAACUCCUCGCCAGCCGAUGCCCUGCCCACAAUGGAGUCACUACCUGUACCUAGCUCCCUGCCCACACUGGGGUUGUUACCUGUACCUAGCUCCCUGCCCACACUGGGGUCGUUACCUGUACCUAGCUCCCUGCCCACACUGGGGUCGUUACCUGUACCUAGCUCCCUGCCCACACUGGGGUCGUUACCUGUACCUAGCUCCCUGCCCACACUGGAGUCGUUACCUGUAUGCAGCUCUUCUCCACCACUUUGUGGGACUAGUUCCUCACCUAAAAUGGAUGUUGAGGAGGUCAAAGAUUCAGCGUCGGAGGCAUCAGAGGAGCCCAAGCCUGUGGAGAUAGAGUUUGGGUUAGACGAGGCAGGCGAGGUAAAAAAAACACCGCCCAGGAGGAUGGGUAAAACGCCCGGCAGCAAGCUCGCCGUCAAGAAACCAAGGGCAAAAGCAACGACAACAGCACCUGCCCCGACGCCGGCACCCGAACCAGUAAUAGCCCACCCGGUAGUAGAGCCGGUUUCAGAAACGACUUCCGAACCACUUUCCAUGCCAGGUCCCUCCUUAAGUUUGGACGACGUUCCUAUUCCCAAGUCCACUUAUAAAUUUGACCCCAACCAGUGGGAUGACCCUAAUUUGAUCCCCUUUUGGGGUGGUGGUGUCAAAAUAAGUAGUUCCCCGGUUUUGCCCAAAGGAUCCUACAGCUUUGAUCCUCACAACUUUGACAACUAUGUGGACCCCUUUAAGCCAUCUACAGCCCUGGGCUGCGAGAACUCAACCUCCCGGGAUACUCCACUUCCUCCGCCAGCAGAGGAAGCAGUGAAACCAAAGCUGGAGCGGCUCCUGGAUGAGGGGAAGAGAAUGUGUCAGACUCCAAAGAAAAGCAAGGACAGGAUCAUCACGACCACUGAACAAGUGAAGUUUCUCUGUUUUCUGUUGAAUUCGUGUAAGGUCAAGAAGUAUGAAAACCAGUCCCUGGUCCUGAAUGUCUGCAAUCAGGAAGAGGAUGUGGUUGUGUCACAGGUCCAAGAAAUGCCCCGCCGCGUUCGCCAUGCCACCGAUGAGGAAAAGCUGGCUUGUAGUGAAAUCAUGGGCCAGAAAGCCAAGGAGGAGGCCGGGGUGGAGGUGGAGGAGAAAGAAGACUCAGUGUGUGCCAAAGGCCCAGCUAAAGGCCCAACCAAAGGCCUGGCCAUCACAGACAAUGUCAAAAGCCAGGCAAUGCUGGAUGGGCCACAGGCGAGGAUAACACACAAUAUGAAGGAAAAGGACAUUUGCAUUUCAAGUGAAGAGCUGUCAAUCACCCCAAGGCCAAAGUUGAUUGGCUGCAAGGGACACGAUGACAAAGGUAGUCCCUCCUCCAUGGAUACCAUAUCGCUAAAUGAGAUGGACAAAGCAGCGGUGCUCACCUUGAUCAGAGAGGAGAUAAUCACUAAAGAGAUAGAGGCCAACGAGUGGAAGAGAAAGUAUGAAGACAGUCAUAUGGAGGUGUUAGAGAUGAGGAAAAUAGUGGUGGAGUACGAGAAAACAGUUGCACAGAUGAUUGAGGAUGAGCAGCACAAGAGGAGUGUCCUGGGCUCCCAGAAGAGUGUCCAGCAGGUGACUCUGGAGCGGGACCAGGCCCUGGCCGACCUCAACUCUGUGGAGCGCUCACUCUCGGACCUCUUUAGACGUUACGAGAACAUGAAGACCAUCCUGGAAGGCUUUAAGAAGAAUGAAGAGGUGCUGAAGAAGUGUGCCCAAGAGUAUCUGGUCCGCGUCAGACAGGAGGAGCAGAGAUACCACACACUCAAGAUCCACGCUGAGGAAAAACUAGUCAAGGCUAAUGAAGACAUAGCCCAGGUGCGCUCCAAGGCCGACUCAGAGAGUGUGGCUCUUCAUGCCAGCCUGAGGAAAGAGCAGAUGAAGGUGGACUCCUUGGAGAGAGCCCUCCACCAGAAGAAUCAAGAAAUCGAGGAGCUCACAAAGAUCUGUGACGAACUAAUAGCGAAGCUCGGGACAUCAGACUGAUCAGACCUGAAAUCAUAAACGUUGGAGUUGUUGGAUGAACUGUUCCACCAACUUCUCCCCUCUCUGCCUUUCCAUUGCAGCCAAGGCCUAACCAUCCCCACUGCAGCUAGCUGGUAAAUUACUGUACACACUUCUAUACAAUCUGAACCCAUCUCUGCUUUUAUUACUCAAACACAUAGCGAGUGACUACAGUAGUCACCCCUAUUGUUUCAGAUUGGAACAAAUUAACAGCGAAACAGCAAUGAGCGUAUAUAUAUAUUAUACAGGUAUAUAUAUAUAUAUUGGGGCAAAAAAGUAUUUAGUCAGCCACCAAUUGUGCAAGUUCUCCCACUUAAAAAGAUGAGAGGCCUGUAAUUUUCAUCAUAGGUACACUUCAACUAUGACAGACAAAAUGAGAAGAAAAAAAAUCCAGAAAAUUAUAUUGUAGGAAUUUUAAUGCAUUUAUUUGCAAAUUAUGGUGGAAAAUAAGUAUUUGGUCACCUACAAACAAGCAAUAUUUCUGGCAUGUUUAACUUCUUCUUUAAGAAGAGUCCUCCACUCGUUACCUGUAUUAAUGGCACCUUGAACUUGUUAUCAGUAUAAAAGACACCUGUCCACAACCUCAAACAAUCACACUCCAAACUCCACUAUGGCCAAGACCAAAGAGCUGUCAAAGGACACCAGAAACAAAAUUGUAGACCUGCACCAGGCUGGGAAGACUGAAUCUACAAUAGGUAAGCUGCUUGGUUUGAAGAAAUCAACUGUGGGAGCAAUUAUUAGGAAAUGGAAGACAUACAAGACCACUGAUAAUCUCCCUCGAUCUGGGGCUCCACACAAGAUCUCACCCCGUGGGGUCAAAAUGAUCACAAGAACGGUGAGCAAAAAUCCCAGAACCACAGGGGGAACACCUAGUGAAUGGACCUGCAGAGAGCUGGGACCAAAGUAACAAAGCCUACCAUCAGUAACACACUACGCCGCCAGGGACUCAAAUCCUGCAGUGCCAGACGUGUCCCCCUGCUUAAGCCAGUACAUGUCCAGGCCCGUCUGAAGUUUGCUAGAGAGCAUUUGGAUGAUCCAGAAGAAGAUUGUGAGAAUGUCAUAUGGUUAGAUGAAACCAAACUAUAACUUUUUGGUAAAAACUCAACUUGUCGUGUUUGGAGGACAAAGAAUGCUGAGUUGCAUCCAAAGAACACCAUACCUACUGUGAAGCAUGGGGGUGGAAACAUGCUUUGGGGCUUUUUUCUGCAAAGGGACCAGGACGACUGAUCCGUGUAAAGGAAAUAAUGAAUGGGGCCAUGUAUCGUGAGAUUUUGAGUGAAAACCUCCUUCCAUCAGCAAGGGCAUUGAAGAUGAAACGUGGCUGGGUCUUUCAGCAUGACAAUGAUCCCAAACACACCGCCCAGGCAACGAAGGAGUGGCUUCGUAAGAAGCAUUUCAAGGUCCUGGAGUGGCCUAGCCACUCUCCAGAUCUCAACCCCAUAGAAAAUCUUUGGAGGGAGUUGAAAGUCCGUGUUGCCCAGCAACAGCCCCAAAACAUCACUGCUCUAGAGGAGAUCUGCAUGGAGGUAUGGGCCAAAAUACCAGCAACAGUGUGUGAAAACCUUGUGAAGACUUACAGAAAACGUUUGACCUCUGUCAUUGCCAACAAAGGGUAUAUAACAAAGUAUUGAGAUAAACUUUUGUUAUUGACCAAAUACUUAUUUUCCACCAUAAUUUGCAAAUAAAUUCAUUAAAAAUCCUACAAUGUGAUUUUCUGGAUUAUAUUUUUCAUUUUGUCUGUCAUAGUUGAAGUGUACCUAUGAUGAAAAUUACAGGCCUUUCUCAUCUUUUCAAGUGGGAGAACGUGCACAAUUGGUGGCUGACUAAAUACUUUUUUUCCCCACUGUAUAUAUAUAUAUAUAUAUACUGUAUACCUGUAUAUAUAUAUACACUCAUUGCUGUUUCGCUGUUAAUCUUUUAUUAUAACCAAUUAAGUGGCAAUUUGUCAUGUUCAAUGUGCAACUUUGAUGCACAUGUAGGGCCAAAUCUUAACUUUUGGAUACAUUUGGUAAAUGAAGGUCAAGUUAAGGUAUGGACCUUUCUGUUGAUUUCUACUUAUUUUACGUGAAACUACGUGAAGGAACUAGUAGCUAGUAACCUGUUGUGUUGCAUACUGUGUGCAUGGUGUGUUUGUAAAGUGUGUGCCCCAUCAUGGAUUAUCAGUGUUGUCCGAAUAGACAGAGACAUGUGUUCCAGAUAGGGUGUGAGGGAAAUUCUUUUGAUACAAAAAGAGAUCCACCAACUGUAUUUACUUGUGUUCAACAGGUUUACACUUUACACAAUCAUCCUGCUGCUAUUCUAGUUUGUUGUUGUUGAUUAUAUUACAUUUCUGUCUCAUCUCGUUUGAUCUUCUGUUGUUUUGUAUGUUUGUUUGCUCCCAUUAUUUAGGUAGGGCAAUGCUUUUAGGGGUAUGCUAGUAUAAAUCACGUUUUUUUUUUUUUUUCAAUCAAUUUUCCUUGUGUUUUACCACUUAGCCCAUGUAGCCUAUAACUAAAGAGCACUAUUCUCUGACCUCAUCAUAGCACAUAGUAUUACACAAACAGCUUAACAAAUCUAUCAGUGGAGUAAUGACAUACUCUGUUAUCAUUUUAGUUUCACUCUCUUUAAGAAUGGGUUGAAACUGCCAUGUUGUUUUUUCUUCUUUAUUUUAGCUAGACACAGCGUAGGGAGCUGUGAUGACAUUGAUUGGCUCUCUGCAGCGCAGCCACAGUUACGUUUCUCUCUAGGCCUUGGGAAAACAAGACAAAUGUUUUCCAUCAUCACCAUAAUACUUGGGUUGCCAAAUGUUCCCCCUCAAAACCUAUCACUGUGAUAGUGUUCCAGGCUCAAUACCAGUUAUUAUUAGAGAUUAUGAUGGAUCUGUAAAUUGUUUCAAUGCAGGUGUGGAUGCUUGUUUAGAUAUAUGUUCUCAGAGCUAUCAAAAAGCUAACUGGUUGCUCAGCAUAACAACUGUUUGCCUAAUGUUAUAACAAUAUAUAGGGCCAGUUCCAAACGACCCUUUAGGACAGGGGUGUCAAAGUCAAAUGGACGGAGGGCCAAAUAAAAAAAUCAGCUACAAGACGAGGGCCGGACUGUUCGAAUGUUCAUUGAAAAAUUUUUAAAUGACGCAUAUAGUCUAGUGAACCUAAUUGAACCUACUGAAAACCUAACAAAUAUAUUACAAUAUGAUCAGAUAAAUAAAGCAAUAUUUUCUUAUGGCUCUGUCAGUAAUCUUUAAUUUUCAACAGACACAAAAGACAAAUUUCCUUUAUAUAAAUAUCCCCAUAACAUGAACAUUAAAUGAAAGAAACCGGUAUUCAAGGCACCAUCAGUAGACUAUAUUUUCUAUUUUAGCAAAAGUGGGCUAAAU